UAAUCGACUCUAAUUUUGAUUGUAGAGUACUGCACAAUCUUUCUGCAUUUGAUUUGAGAGAGGGAAAAGAGGAGUAGUGAGUUGAGAAUCGGAGAUGGCAGCGGCGGAAGGUACUGCGCCGACUCGGAUAAUGGUGGCGGUGAACGAGUCAACUCUCAAAGGUUAUCCCCACGCCUCCAUAAGCAGCAGAGGAGCUUUUGACUGGACUCUAAACAAAAUCGUCCGCACCAACACUUCCGAUUUCAAGCUUCUGUUACUUCAUGUUCAAGUCCCCGACGAAGACGGUUUCGAUGAUGUGGAUAGCAUAUUUGCAUCCCCAGAAGAUUUCAGGACGAUGAAGCGUAGAGAUAAGAUCAGAGGUCUUCAUCUUUUGGAGUACUUCGUGAAUCACUGUCAUGAAAUUGGGGUUGCUUGUGAAGCAUGGAUAAAGAUAGGUGAUCCCAAAGAAGUCAUCUGCCAUGAAGUUAAUCAUGUCCAGCCAGAUUUUCUUGUUGUGGGAAGCAGAGGUCUUGGACCUUUCCAGAAGGUGUUUGUGGGAACUGUGAGUGAAUUUUGUGUGAAGCAUGCUGAUUGCCCUGUGAUGGCAAUCAAGCGCAAUGCAUCUCAGACUCCUCAGGAUCCUGUUGACGACUGAGUGCUACUGCUUCCUGUUAAUCGGCGAUCAAUUGGGACAUAUUAAUCUAUCCUAUUCAAUGUAAGUUGAUUGAUGUUGUUUUUCUCUUCUUUCCUUAUGCACUUCUGAUACUGAGUUGAGUCUUGACCAUUUGUCUGUUCCUCGUAUAUUAAGCCAGUUUGAGUGCCUUGUAAAGUAUUAGUGAGCAAGAUUUGUGAUUGUGGACAAUAUCAUUGUCGUCUUUUCAGUUUAUUGAGAUGAUCACGUUUAGGUCUCGUA